CUCGUCUAGGCCCUGUUUUUUCGUUCAACGCUGCAGCGGGUAGCCCCCUCCGAUGUUUGGAUCGAUAAGGCUUGGCGCUGCGCUUUUUCAACUGCCCAACGGAUGUCCUCAGUUUGCAAAGGCGUCUUCGGUGAUACGCCUAUUCAAAUCAACCGCAUCAGCCACCAUGAAACCGCGACGGGUGGCAAUAAUCGGUUCAGGAAAUUGGGGAACAGCCAUCGCUCGAAUUAUCGGAAACAAUGUUAAAAUUUUCCCAAAUGAUUUCGAACAAACCGUACGGAUGUGGGUUUUUGAAGAAAUGAUCGAUGGACAGAAGCUUUCUGAAAUAAUUAAUACUCGUCACGAAAAUGUUAAAUAUCUUCCAGGAAAAACAAUACCGGAGAAUAUACUAGCGGUACCAGAUCUUGUCGAAUCUUGUAAAGAUGCAAACCUUUUGGUUUUUGUCGUUCCACAUCAGUUUGUCAGAAACAUAUGCCGGCAGCUUGUGGGAAAAAUCGGCAGCGACGUGCACGCUAUCUCGCUCAUCAAGGGUAUUGCGGCAAUUCCAGAUCCACGCGAGGAGGGUUUGUCGGCUCCAAGUUCACAGAAGACGGGUGGUGUGAAGCUGAUUUCGGAAGACAUCCAAGAAAUUCUGAAAGUUGAAGUCAGCGUAUUGAUGGGAGCAAAUCUGGCCCAUGAAGUUGCUAAUGACGACUUUUGUGAAGCCACAAUCGGGUGCAAAAAGAAGUCGGAAUAUGGAUUGCUGCUCAAAAAGCUUUUCAACAGUGACAACUUCCGAAUCAACGUUGUUGAAGAUGCACACACUGUUGAGCUUUGUGGUGCAUUGAAGAACGUUGUGGCAUGUGCUGCUGGCUUCACUGAUGGUCUCGGCUAUGGUGACAAUACAAAAGCUGCCGUCAUACGACUUGGUCUUAUGGAAAUCACUAAGUUCGUCGAGCAUUACUAUCCCGGCUCAAAUCUGGAAACUUUCUUUGAAUCGUGCGGAAUCGCUGAUCUGAUCACAACUUGCUAUGGAGGUCGAAACCGCAAAGUCUGUGAGGCAUUUGUGAAGACGGGAAAACCAUUAGAAGAGAUCGAGAAAGAGCUAUUGCACGGACAAAGUGCACAAGGCCCGUUGACUGCUGAAGAAGUCUAUUACAUGACCGAAAAGAGUAAUCUGUCUGAAAGCUUCCCUCUGUUCACCGCAGUACAUCGAAUCUGCAAAGGAGAAAUGAAACCGAAUGAUCUGGUUGCGUGCUUACGAUCUCAUCCCGAGCAUACGGAUCUCAUGCUGAAGUAGAAGCAGAAUCUUAGCAUUGAAUUGUCAUACCACAAGUCUUGAAUAGUCUAAAAUCGUGCCAGUAAUCAAUGUUAACAUUAGACUCACAUCUAAUGUUAACGAAAUGCUCAUUACCUCCGCUUGAUGAGUUUUAGUAUUAAAUUAGUUUAACUGAUUGUAUAUAUGCAUGUGCGCUCAUUUCGGCGUCUCGCUUUUAUUUGGAAGUAUUUGGUAAA